GGCUUGAAAUAUAUCUCCUAUUUAGUCUUUUGUACUAAAUGUUUUAUCAUUUUUGAUGAGGUGAAUUAAAUUAAUAAAAUGACGCAAAUUUUUAGGGUUUUUGGAAAAAAUUAAGUUCUCCCAAUAAAGUAAUUCAAGAUAUCACUAGAUUUUGUCAUUUAUUUCUCCGGGAGUGGAAGAAAUUAUUGCUUUUUACAUUGUUUUGUACAUUUUUCUAAACAAUAUACCACGAUUUACGUUAAGUUUGAAAAUUUUAGAGGGGGGGGGGGGGGUUGAACACUGGUUUGGACACUUUUCUCGAACAGGUUGCAUACAUUUACUCCACGUACUUUAAUUUGAUGUAGACCUAUGCCUAAUGAGCGCUUUUAGAAAUAAUAUCAUGCGUACUUUCAUGGAAUCGGGACGGCGAUUAUUUUUAACCUGUGUAAUGUAGCUAUUUAUAAACGGGAAAUCCCUUCGUGAUCAGAGGGUUCUUGAAAUUUAAAAGGAAAGUGGAAAUGAACUGUGCACAAUACGUAAGUAAGGCGGUGGAUUUUAAUUGGACACUACGGAGUAUUCGGAGCAUGUGUCUGAGUCAAUAGCUUCCUCCUUAGCUUUGGUACCUCAUAUGAUUUCUUAUUCUGAACAUGGCAUCAAACUUGCUAAUAAUUGACAGUGAUGAUGAUGACUCGGAAGAAAGUGAUAGGACUGAGAGUCCUGAGAGGUUAGCAAAUCCAACCCAGACGAAGAAUGUGACUCCAGAAAUAGAAAAGGAAGUGUCUGCACCAACCCAGAUUAAGAAUGUGACUCCAGAAACAGAAAAGGAAGUGUCUGCACCGACAGAGAUAAGUCGUGAGGAGGAUGUGGAAACAGCUGCUUGUGGUUACCUUAGUAACGCAUUACACCAGCAAAUAAAUAUCUCAAAAAGAGACGCCAGGAUUCUCUCUACGCCAGAAGCUGCCAGAUCUAUUAAAGAAGCUUUAUCAGAGUUAAGUAUACAUGCGUAUGUAGAGGUUCGAGGUCACUCAUCUCUGAGUAUCGAUGCCACAAAUCAAACAGUUGCAGAAAUUGCAGCUGAUGUGUCUCGAUCCCUUAUUCAAGAAGAAAAAAUAUGUUUGCCAUAUCAAGGAAAAUUAGACAGGCAGACACAAACAGAUCUGCAAAGUAAAUACCAUGUUGAUAUUGAGGUAGGCAGUGACUUCAUUUCCAUCAAAGGACUUAAUAAUGUUUCAAUGGUUAAAGAUUUGAUUGAAAACAUCUUGAGUACCAAGAUAGAACUUCAACCAUUUCACUCUCAAUUCGAUGAAGGGCAGUCAAGUACCAAGUCAGAACGUCAAACACUUCACUCUCAAUUCAACGAAUGGCAGUCUGCAAGUACCAAGUCAGAACGUCAAACUCUUCACUUUCAAUUCAAUGAAGGACAGUCAAGAUGCUACAAAAGGAACCCAGAUUUUAUAACCAAAUUUAAUUCAGUUCAAAGUGAUUUUUUGAAAGACAGGAAGGAGAGCUGUUCACACUUUGAUGUCAAAAAGGACAACAAGUGUUUAGUCGUGGGGAUUGGAGGAGAGGAGUCUCAUAGACAAAAGUACCUAGAACGUCUAAAGCUGCUUAAGCGGCAAAUGUGGGAUGGCAAAUUAAACUUGUAUAGAAUUAGUAAAGAAGAGUCGGAUGUUGCAUUGAUGUCAUGUGGUAUACAAAAGGAACAGAAGCAGUUUAUAAAGAUGGCAGAAUGUCAACACCAGUGUGGAAUUUUGGUAGAAAAAAGCUCUAAAAAAGUAAAAGUCCCUCGCUAUCAAUCACAACAUGCUGAUGAGAGUGUGGAAGAGGAGGAUCUCCUGGGUGAUCUCCCUCCCAGAGGAGGAGGGGCUCUAUCCCCAGAAACCUCAGAGUGGGACAGAGAUAGGGAGAUGCAGCACAGAGAACCUGCUGUCCGGGUGCUCAAUAAAGAUGUGACACUUUACAAGGCCCAGUGCUUAGUUAAUUUUUUUGACAAAGAAUCGGGGUUGUCAACACGGGGGAGAAUUUUUCAACUCUUCAUGAGCAGAGGUGGGGAAGAAUUAAAUACGGAUCUUAGGUCCAAGUACAAACCUAGCGCCAAUGUUACAAUUACCAAAGGCUAUGGUACAUUGAACUGCAAGUACGUGUGUCAUAUUGCCCUUCCAAAGUAUGGUGGAAACUCUUCAUCACGGGAACUGCUACAGAUAGUGAAGGAAUGUUUUGCACAGUGUGAAAGACUUGAUCUGUAUGAAAUAGCUUUCCCUGCUUUGGGAGUUGGACGGUUGUUACGAUAUCCUGUUGAUGAAGUAGCUGAUCUCCUCAUAUCAGAGAGUGUCUCACGUUCAGGGCAUGGAAGAAAAUGGAAGAUAACAUUUGCGAUACAUGACAGAGAAAACCAUUCUGUGUUUAAAGGGGUAGCAGAUCGGAGACAGGGGGCUAUGAGAAGAGAACAUUCUGCUCCCUCCUUCCUAGGGAAUUCCCACAUGCCACACCAUCUGCUUUACAGGAGACGCUCACAACCAGAUUUCUUCAGUGCAAAGGGGGAACACAGGAAUAGCCCUAAACGGAGUGCUGAUCCGUCCAACAUGGUACCUGUGAUUGAACUUCAUAUUUUUGCCACAUCUAGAGAAGAAGGAGAAUCCAUACUGAGUGAACUCUCUGGACAAAUAAAGGAAAAGUUUUUGCAUGAACAAACCAUUGAAAGAAUAGAAGAGCUGAAUCCAAGGAAUGAAAAGAAAGUGUAUGACAUUGGUCAGAAGUGUGCUGUCUUUGUUUCUGUCAAUAGAGAUAAAAAUCGAAUAUUCCUGAAGGGAUUGGCAAAAAAUGUAAGCGGGGCAGCAGCAGAAAUGGAGUACUUGUGUACCAAAACAUCUCAAGACCACCAUACCAGGCGAAAGGAAAACAAGAAUCAACAUGGAACCGAUGCCUACUGGAAACAUAUGUUGGAGGAACCGCCAGUCCCAGCUUACUGGAAGCACUUCAAGGACGGCAAAAGUUUCGUAGAUGUAUUCAAAAGCUUUAUUUUCAAAACGACUGAAAAGUGUUAUGAGGUGGAUCCCAAAACUUUCAAUGCCAUUCGCAAACUGGUAGAAAAUACAUUUAAGUCAGAACUGGUCGGACAAGGAGCAGAUGCUAGAAACCUUACCCAUAAAAAGAUUCAUGUAAAGAAAAUAGAAUUAAUAGAAAACAUGGAUGUGUAUGGGGAUUAUAAUAAAAAGCGCAUGAAAAUGUUGGGAAAGUGCAUCGGGAAACAGGGAGGCUUCCCAACUAAACUGCAAAACAUUCCCAAAAAACCUGAUAUACAAAAUGUACUUAAAAAAGGUGGAAUCUUCACAGAAAAGGUGAUAGACAAAAGACUCACUACAGAUAUCAUAUCAGAACUGAAUGAAGUUUAUCUUUUUCAUGGUACUAAGAAAGACUUUGUUCCAAACAUUGUGUCCAAAGGAAUGGAUCCAAAACAUGGAAGUGAUGGUGGCAUGUUUGGCCGUGGAAUUUAUUGUGCUGAGAGCUCAACAAAGGCUGACCAGUAUGCAGAUGAUAAAAGUAGUCGAGGACAGAAGGGGAAAAUGUUCUUGAUGCGGCUCCUGCUAGGACAUACAUACGUAACUGAACAAGACAAGAAAUACAAACAGCCACCGUGCAAGAAUUGUCUACGUGACAAUUGUGUCGACGCCUCUCACGUCCGGUUCGAUUCUGUGGUUGGAGUGAAACAACAGACAGGGGGCCUUUUUCGAGAGUUUGUAGUGUAUGAUAGAGACCAGUGUUACCCUGAAUACUUAAUCACUUACACCAGACUCUAGCUAGCGUUACCCUGAACACUUAAUCACAUACACCAGACUCUAGCUAGCGUUACCCUGAACACUUAAUCACAUACACCAGACUCUAGCUAGCGUUACCCUGAACACUUAAUCACAUACACCAGACUCUAGCUAGCGUUACCCUGAACACUUAAUCACAUACACCAGACUCUAGCUAGCGUUACCCUGAACACUUAAUCACUUACACCAGACUCUAGCUAGCGUUACCCUGAACACUUAAUCACAUACACCAGACUCUAGCUAGCGUUACCCUGAACACUUAAUCACAUACACCAGACUCUAGCUAGCGUUACCCUGAACACCAGACUCUAGCUAGCGUUACCCUGAACACCAGACUCUAGCUAGCUCAAGCAGAAGAUGACACACAGCUUGACAUUUAGACAACGACCGAUCCUGCAGAAUUCAUAUAACAGCAUUCCUGCAAGCUGACCCGCUUUGGCUGGAAUUAAUUAGUGAAAUCAAAAAGAGACAGUUCAAAUUCACAAAUAAUUUGUUGGGACAGUAUACGCUUAAGAAAUAAUGAUCGCAUUUUCAUGUAUGUUACAUGAUAACCUCAGAGGUCGAGAAAUGUUUUGAAAUAUAAAAGCCAUGGCAGUUUACAAGUAAGAUUAUUUUUUAUGCUAAAUGUCUGGGUGUGGAAUUAAUGGCAUGCAUUUUUUACUGAUUGUAAUAAGUGCCAAUUAAGGAAUUUUUCUAUGAAUUAAGUGUAAUUACUGAAAAAUGAUGACUGUACAGUGCCCCCUCCAUAUAUUGCCAACUUUUGUUCAAGACCAAAUUGGGCAAUGAAGCAGGGGUGGCAUUAUAAUAAAUUCACCAUUACCAACAUUUCUCUGAGCAAUCAGAAGAAAUUCAAUUCAUUAAAUCUAUUUGGGCUCCAUUCUACAUAAGCAUUUAGAUAAUCUUGAGUUUAAUUCAGCAAUUAUUUGUAAUUAACCUGCACCUGAAUACCUUGUCUUGCCCAUCACACUUUACCUCACCACACUCAAAAUACAGGUGUGAUUAGUGAUGAGUGUUGGGUAAUUGGCAUUAAUAUUAAGGGUAAACCCUAUAAAAUUUGACCAUUUGUUUGUGAAAAUCAGUGGCAUAUGGCAUUAUGCGGGGUUGGCAUUAUAAUGGGAGUGUUAACAUUGAGAGAAAUCUGUUCUUUAGGAUUUUCAGGCAGUAAGCGGGGAUGGCAUAACGGGAGGGCAAUAUAUCAAGGGAGCACUGUACAAUAAUUUUAGUCACUGGUUAUAUGUGUCCCUUGUAUGAUUUUUGUGCAUGAUGUAACAAAAUAUGUAAAUAUUAGUCCUAGACUUAUUUGAUUUUAAUCAAUAUUUUCAAUGACCAAAUCACAAUUAAAUAUGCCAGGAAUUAUGUGUGCAACCAACGCAUUUACAUUUUUAACAUGUUAUUAUUUCACACUGUGGACCAAAAAUAGGUACAUCAGGUGUCUAUGAACGAAACAUGUUAAGUGUAUCAAAUCUGUGUCUCUAAUAUAAUCUUUCUGUUGAAAUAUUGUUUUUCGUAUGUGAUUCGAAUUCAGUCUUUUGAAAAUCAAGAUUUUGUGUAAAUCAACUCAAACCUGCAUUGCAAAUUUGCAAUUACUCAAAUGUACACAAAAAUGAUUGUUGGGCAUGUAGCAAUAGGGUAACCCCCCUCAUUUUUUUUACAUUGUACUUUUUCUGUUAUUAUUACAGGGUCACCCCCCACCCCUGGCCCUCAUUUUUUUUUACAUGGUACUUUUUCUGUUAUUAUUACAUGCAAAGUACAUCAUUUGAUUUGAUGCCCCCCCCCUCCCCCCUUCCUCCUUCCUCUCUUCAAUUUUGAAUAGUAGUAGUGAUUUGAAGUGGAAAUGUAAAAUUGAACUGAAGGAUUAACAACAAACCCCCCACCCCCCCAAGGAUCUUUGAAUUAUUUGUUGUUUGGCUUGUCAACGAUCUUCAGACAAUUGUGUGAAGUCAUCUUUCCACAUUGUAAAGUGAUGCUUUGUGUCUGAUUAUAUUCUUAUUAUUACAUGCUUUUAUUUCAGGUGUCUAUAAUUUCUUUUUUUAAAGAUUACUUCUGAAGUCCUCGGUAUUUAAUUGUAUUAUAACUUGGAUAUCUAAAUACCCCCCCCCCCCCCCCCCCCUCCUGAACCCUACAAUUUAUUGAAAUAUUAAAAGUGUUUUUCAUAAAAUUGAAGAAACUAAACCUUGUUUUCAUUAUAAUAGAUAUAGUACAACCUGUUAAUAGAAUUUGGUUCCGUAAUUUUUGCUAUUACCGUUUGUUAAUACUAUUUAUGUAAGCUUAGAAGUACAUCAAUAAGCAAACCCUCAACUAAACAACUCUUUUUUCACAUAUAGUUUGAAUUACGAAACAAUUUUGGGUUGCACACGGAAAUAACUAAAGGAGUGACAAAUCAUUUCCUAAACUGAGAAAUCAUUAUUCCACAGCCUUCAUAAUAUGUACACUAUACUUAUUAAUUGAUAUUUGAAUUGACAAAUGCAAUCUGGCUCUAAUGAACAUGAUCUUUACAUGUCCAGCUGGACUCUUUGCACACCAUGGCUUAGAUCAUUACAAAUGGAAUUAACUCUACCCGUUGACAUGUAUGUGAUAUUUUAUUUUUGUAUAAUACAAUGUUUCAUUAUUCUGACAAAUAAAAUCAUUUUUUCAUGUUAAA